GUAAGUGCUAGCACAUGUUCAUAACAACAUGGCGGGCUUAGAACUUCUGUCUGAUCAGGGCUUUCGAAUUGAUGGGCGUAGACCGCAUGAGUUACGAAAGAUCCAAUGUCGGCUAGGGGUUUUCAAGCAAGCAGAUGGUUCAGCGUAUAUUGAGCAGGGAAAUACGAAGGUUUUAGCAACAGUAUACGGCCCACACGAGAUUAGAGGCAGUAGAGGAAGAGCCUUACAUGACAAGGUUCUGGUGAACUGUCAGUACAGCAUGGCCACCUUCAGCACCGGGGAGAGGAAGACACGCCCCCGUGGUGACCGCAAGUCCCAGGAGAUGACCAUGCACCUCCGACAGACCUUUGAUGCAGCUAUUAUGACCAGCCUCUAUCCUCGAUCACAGAUUGAUAUUUUCGUGGAGGUUCUUCAGUCCGACGGCGGCAACUACUGCGCUAGUGUGAAUGCCUCAACGCUAGCGCUCAUAGAUGCCGGCAUUCCCAUGAAGGACUAUGUGUGUGCAUGCUCGGCAGGCUUUGUGAACGAUUCCCCGCUAGUCGACAUCAGCUACCUGGAGGAGUCAUCGGGUGGGCCAGAGCUGAUUGUCGCCACCUUGCCUCAAUCAGAGCAGAUUGUGUUUCUAGAGAUGAACUCCCGGCUUCACGAGGACAACCUCAACAAGGUCCUUGACCAGGCCAUGAAGGGUUGUAAGGACAUCUAUCAGGUGCUCAACACUGCUGUCCGAGAACACGUCAGUAGCACGGUCACAUCACUCGGCUGGGAGACUUGACAAUGGCACUUUAUUGUACAUGUUUGUCAUAUUUUUGUAAAUAAUUAGUAUCUGACUCAAA